AUGACUGACGGAAGUGCGAUGCAAGUUGCCGAAGCACUUCCAGAACCGUCACCGGUACGAAGAUAUUCACGACAGGCAAGAUUCAUUCGAGAAGGCGUGAAAAGCCGUGUUCCCUGGCGCCAUCGGAAACGGCGCAAGAGGCAGCCAGAAACACAGGCGGAGAAGGAGAUGAGGGCUGCGGAUCGUGAGAAAGCUCAAGAUAACCUCAAAACACUCCUUGGUGAGGCUCGGGCGAAGGUUUGGGACAUUGCCGAAGACCUCCACAAGCAGACCGAGAGCCAUUCAGCGAUAUAUUUUUACCAUCUUCUCAUGCAGCACUCUAGAAAGACGGUGAAAACCCGUGAGAUUAACCCCUGGAAUGCAUAUCUACACAUGCGCCUGAAGCAGAUUAACAAAGAGACUCCCGAGGGCGGUUCUCGACGCAAGCCCACAGAGCUCGCAGCCAUGCUAAAGGCCGAGUGGGACCAGAAGACACCAGACGAGAAGAACGAGUGCACGCGAGAGGCAAGGGAGGAGCUGAAGGAGCAGCGCGAGACGAAGAAGGCAGGAGGUCAUAACGUCCCACUUAGCGUGUUCCACGAUGUACGCGCGACCAUCGCGAUGAUCGAACGUGAGCUCAUCGCACUGUACUACCGAACUGGCGUCGAGAUCUUCCUCAUGACGUUGCGUGGCGAUACCCUCCACUACGCAAAGCCUCACCUAUUCUAUACCUCGGAAAUAUUCGAACAAUUCUUCCAGAUGAGCUUCGGCGUCGAGCUGGGAGACUGGGUGCAAAAGCUUGAGUGUUACAAGCUCGGAAAGGUACCAGGGGUGAAAGAGAAGACUGAGGCCGAUCAGGCCGAGCUCAGAAAGCGCAUUGCAGCGAUCGUUUUGAGCAACCUGCAAGAAGCUGCGCGUCCGCACACUGUUGAAAAAAUGAACUACCUGAGUUUUGACUCUGCCAUCACACUCAGGUAUGGUGUCGUCUGCGAGCAUUACCCGCUGAACUAUUUUUGUGGUCCCGGCGGUAUUACCACUGUCCCCGCCCUUCGUGUGCUCUUCAACAGCUGGCAUAGCGGAACAACACGGUUCCGCCGUCUCUCGCAAGCCGAAUACGACGCCUGGGUAAAGGAGUAUGAAGCUCGAAGUCGUGCGGGAUCGAUUCCGGCAGCCCCCGUCUCUGUUUCUUUGGCCAUGGCGCCAGUACCUCCACUCCCUAUGGGGGUGUUCCGCGGCGUCUUCGCGCUGCAGUCGACACCGGCACUUCAGUCUGCCGCCGCGCAGCCUCAGGUUGUGUCGCCGCAACCUGCCGCGCCCUCCAUAUCUCUGCAGCCCGCCGCUGCUCAACCUGAGAUUACCGCCACACAGCCUGUCAUACAACCCACAGCGCAACCAGAGGGCACCAUUGCGCAGCUCGAGUCCGCUGUCGUGCAACCAACCGUCACGUUCACGCAGCCCGCCGGCAUCGUCACGUCGCCGGCACUUGCGUUACAUGGCGCACCUUCGGCUUUCACAUUCGUUCCUACCGUCGUCGCUAAUCCGGCCACUGUUCAAGCUCCGGUUCCGACUGCAGCAACGACGCGUACACACGCGACGGCGUUUGGCGACGAUGGUGCCAGUGCAUUAGCACUCACUAAGCGAAAGCGUCGAGAUGCAGGUGUCAAGCGCGGUCCAAAUAUCCGGACAUUGCGGAAGCAGCAAGCUCAGGCGGCAUCCCAGGCCUCAUAG